AUGGCGCACCAGGUCCUCAACCUCGCCAUGAUUGUGUGCUCGGCGCUGAUGAUCUGGAAGGGCCUGAUGGUGCCCGGCGACAUUCUCUUUCUGCACAUGGGCCACGCCCCGUUCCGCGCGGGCGACAUCGUCGUGGCUGACCGAGAGAUCCCGAUCGUGCACCGAAUCCUCAAAGUGCACGAGAAGGUGAGCGGCGAGGUGGACGUCCUCACGAAAGGGGACAACAACGCGGUCGACGACCGCGGCUUGUGCGCGCCCGUAUGCCGCCGGCCAGAGCUGGAUCAACAAGCAGCACGCUACCUCCCGUACAUCGGCAUGGUCACUAUCAUCAUGAACGACUACCCGCUCGUCAAGUAUGCCCUGGUUGGCAUCAUGGGGCUCUUUGUGCUCACGACGAGAGAAUGA